AUGGUACGUGCAACUGACAUUCUGUCCAUGAUCUCCUCCCAUCUCUCUCCGGUUGGCAUCGAUGAUGGUAAGACUUCACACUCGGAACAAACGCUAACAAACUCACAGGCUCGUCAAUUUUUCGUCGGAGGCAACUUCAAGAUGAACGGCUCCAAAGCCUCCAUCAAGACCAUUGUUGAAAACCUCAAUUCUGCUGAUCUUCCAGCUAACGUCCAGGUGGUGAUUGCCCCACCAGCUCCUUAUCUGGAGUAUGCCAACAACCUUGUUGCCGCUCCUACUCUUAAGGUUGCCGCUCAGAACUGUUUCGACAAGAGCUCCGGUGCCUUCACUGGUGAGAUCUCUGUUGAAUCGCUCAAGGAUAUUGGACUCGAAUGGGUCAUCACCGGCCACUCUGAACGCAGAACCAUCAUCAAGGAGUCUGACGAAUUUAUUGCUUCCAAGACCAAGUUCGCUAUCGACAACGGUGUUUCUGUGAUCCUGUGUAUUGGUGAGACCUACGAGGAAAAGCAAGCUGGUGUUACUCUGGAUGUGUGCAAGAGACAAUUGAAGGCUGUUUCAGACAUACUCCCUGACUGGUCCAAGGUUGUCAUUGCUUACGAACCCGUUUGGGCCAUCGGAACUGGUCUUGCUGCCACUCCUCAGGAUGCACAGGACAUCCACAAGUCCAUUCGUGACUACUUGGUGACUUCGAUUGGCAAGGAUCAGGCCGAGGCCGUCAGAAUCCUGUACGGUGGUUCUGUCAACGGAAAGAACGCUACCGAGUUCAAGGACAAGGCUGACGUUGAUGGAUUUUUGGUUGGAGGCGCUUCUCUCAAGCCUGAGUUUGUUGAUAUUAUCAAGUCGAGGUUGUAA